AUGUCAGCAUUCAGAGCUUUCAUGAUUUAUGAUUACUAAAGAAAUUUCUUCCUUAUGUUUAUAAGAAGAGGUUUUUAAGUGUCUCUUAAAUGGAAUGGCUGUAGAAAAGAAUUGGAAAAUAAACUUCAAGAAAUGGUCAAGGAACCCAAAGAUAAUUUUGAGUAAUCCACAGACUAUGGAAAGUUUAAAUGUAAGUAUGACAAACUGAACAGUAACAUAUUCUGAAUAUAUAAGAAUGUUAUUUCAUUUUAUUGAGCAGCAAUGAAGUUAGAGAGGAUUAUCAAAAUUAAGUUUUGGGUGAAAUUUAUGAUCUCUUUUAAAGUAUGCCUAAUUACUAAAAAGUAAAUUAUGCAUAUGUAUUGUUAGAUAAAAAAAGAGGAUUUGGAAAAAAAAGAAACUGAAAACAUUGAGAAAUUGCUUGAAAUGAAAGAAUAAGAUUAUACUAGAAAACAUGGAAAAGUGAAAGCCUUUGAAGAACCUUAUGAGGCUAAGUCUGAUAUUAAGCUUUAAUAACAAGUAUUUGUAAAUUAAUUAAAUUCAGAGCUAAAUAUAAUCAUAACUAAAAGUUGGAUCGUAAAUUAACGCGUCAUCCAAUCAAAGGGCUAUAUCCUAAAUACAGAAUGGCUCUGUCGGCUAUAAAUAAAGUUCUGCAUUUAAUUCAGAUAAGGAUCUAAGUGCUGAUACGCUCAUUAAAAUAUUUCGAUGUUUCAUGAUGUGGGAUUACAAUAGAUAAUUCUUUUUUAUGUUCAUAAGAAAAGGAUUUCCAAUUGAUAAGACUUGGAGUCAAGAGAGAGUUAAAUUAGAAUCAGAAAUUAAGGCUAAGUAAUUAGAUCCAAAUGAUCCUAAAGCAAAACCUAAAGAACCUCCUGAGCAAUUCAGCUAUAGGGGAAAUUUUGGCUAAUACAAGGCAAAAUACGAUAAAAAAGCAAGUAUAAUUCCUAUUCUAUUUAAGAAUGUUACUUUAUUUUACUAACUAGAUUCAAAAUUAAGGAAGAUCCUUAAAUCAAACUCUUAGAAGCCUUAUACGAAGAAGUAUAAAAAGUAGACAAAUACAUUACUGUAAUUAUUUUCAUCUAUUCUAGUUGAAAUAUGACGCUUUAGAGGGUAAGAAAAAAAGAGAUUUAGAAAAAAUUAUUGAUGAGCAUGAAAAGGAGUUAGCAAAUCAAGUAAGCUAAAGGUUUAUAGACACUAAAAUGAUGGAGUCUAAAUUAGGUUUUAUUCAUUCUCCUGAGAGAGUGUCGAAUAACAACUUAUCUUCAAAAAAAAGUUCCAUAUUUAUAUCUAAUCAACUUUAAUAAACAUAAUAAUAAUAAUAAUAAUCCCAAAUCAACUCUGCAUAAUCCUUACAAUAACCUUAGAUAAGUCAAUAAAAACAAUAACAAUAAUAAUACCAAUAACAAUAACAAUAAAAAUAAUAACAAGAAGAAAAUUUCUUAAAAUAAGAAAUUUAAGAUAAUCCUAGUAUUGAUGAGAAAAUAGAUGAUAAUGAAAAUAUCCCAUAUUUUUAGGAAGAAGGGGAGUUAGCUAAAAGAGUUUAUUUGUAUUAUACCAAGCCAUUAUAGGUUUCUUAAUAUAUUAAAUCUGGGAAUUGA